CCAUAGCUAUCUAUCGGCCAUUUUUGUGGUGAAAACGCGUUUCGUUUGAUUGCAGAAACUCUUUGUCUUUCCGACGCUUCCGAUCAGAUCCUAUCGUAACUGACAUUCAGUCCUAUUACUGAUCACUCAUUAUAACCACUCAUUCGCUCAGUUGACACUCCUUGACGCUUUUGUCACUAAAUCAGAUCCAAACGACAACACAUACGACUCGAAGAUGGGAGACACAGAUCAAGACCUUUUGGACUACGAGGAGGACGACAACGAGACCCAGACUGCGGGCGACGCCAUCAACACCGCCGUCGCCGUCGAGGCCAAGAAGGGUGGAUAUGUGUCCAUACAUUCCUCGGGUUUUCGCGAUUUCCUACUCAAACCGGAACUGUUGCGGGCGAUCAUUGACUGCGGUUUCGAGCAUCCGAGUGAAGUACAGCACGAGUGCAUACCUCAGGCCAUACUAGGAAUGGAUAUCUUAUGUCAGGCGAAGUCCGGUAUGGGAAAGACGGCUGUGUUCGUGUUGGCCACUCUGCAGCAGUUG